AUGUACAAAUAAGUUUAAUUUAAACUAAUAGAUGAUUAAUAUUAAUAGAUUGGAUUAUGUUAAGCAAUAUCGUUCAAUAAAGAUGGAUCAAUUAUGAUUUCAAGUGAUAGUAAUAUAAUUAAAAUUUGGAAUUUUGAAUAAGGAAGAUUCAAAUUAUCUAAUUCUAAUAUUUAGAAACAAAUAAUUUUAUUUCAGGUUUUGUAUAUUAUCAAAUUAUCUGUUGACAAUAAAUUAAACAAAAUGAAUGGAAGUUUUCAUAACCAUUCAAAUAAAAUACUGGUCGUGUUAAUUAUUUAAUAUUAAAUAAAUAACAAGAUCAACUUAUUUCUGGAGGGUGUGAUGAAAAAAUAAUAGUUUAGUAAGUAGGUUUUAGAAAGAAUGAGUUGACAUAUCUUUAUUCACUAGAUAAACAUAACAAUAGUGUUGAAUCACUCAGUUUAAAUUAAUCCAUCAUGUGGUUAUAGUCACUUUAUAAUAUGGGAGAAAGGAUUAUAAGGAAAAUGGGAAUUCAAAUAUAAAUAAAGUGUUUAAAGUGGACAUAAAAUACAUUUCAUUAAUGAUUAAUAAUUUAUUUGGGUUACAUUAGAUAAGUAAAUAAAUGAUAUUUUAGUAUUUGAAUUAUAGAAUGGAGUCUUUAAAUAGAAUUCAAAUAAAACUAUCACUUUAAUUAAAAAUGAUCAAUGUGAUGAUAUAUUAUUUCCAAUUAUACAUAAUAGAGAUAAAAAUGUGAUAUUGAUAAGACACAAAUAUCAUAUAUAUUUGAUUAGAUAAUUAAAUGAUGGCACAUUUAACAUUCUUGAAUCAUUAAAUUGUUAAACUAAAGAAACAUAUGGAACAAUGACCAAUAAUGGAUAAUAUUUAGUAUUUUGGGAUAACAAAUUUGAAAAAUACUCAUCAUAUGAGAUAUUAUAUAAAUGA